UUUCAUUGUUAUUGACAUUUAUUUUGCUCCUUUGUCUUCCAGAGGCUGAUUGAUGAGCAGCAGGGUCAGCUCAGUCAGUAUGAGAGUGCCGCGGGUCAGUGUGUGGGCGAGCUGCAGAAGGCCCAGGACCAGGUCCACUCACUGCAGGCCAAGAUCAGAGAGAGCGAGACCAGGAACCAGAAGCUGCAGGAGCGGCUCGCUGAGAUGGAGUUGGAGCUGCGUUCGGCCCAAGAGGAAGCCCAGCGACAGGAGAGGAACAUCCAGAACAUCGCUGAUACUGCCAACUCCAAGGAGGCAGAGGCUGCAGAGCUGUGUCGGGUGAUUGAGGAACAAAAUAAGAUGCUGUGUUCUCUCAAAGAGCUCGCCAACCGCAACCAGCUGCAGCAGCUGCAGGCGUUGGGUGCAGACAGUGUCCGGGGUCAGGGUGAGGUUCUGGCUCUGCAGGCGUCUCUCUUCCAGGCCCAGCUGGAGCUGCAGGCGGAUGAGAGGGUGCAGCGGCAGGCGGUGAGGGCGCAGGACGACCUGAGCCGAGCCCUGCAGAGGCUGGAGACCGACCUGCAGGAGGCGCUGCAGCACCGCAGGGAGACCCAGAGACACAACCAGGAUCUGCAGCUGGCUCUGGAGAAGGCCCGGUUGGCCCUGCAGGAGAGAGAGGAGAAGCUGAAGGAGGGCGAGCAAGAGAGGCAAAGACAGGAGGAGGAGAGACAGAAGACCCUCACAGGGCUGAGGACGGCCCUGCAGACCAAAGAGCAGCUGAUGCAGGACUACUGUGAGCUGCUGGAGGAUCCAAAGGAGAAGAGAGACUCUCUGCUUCAGAAACUCCGGCAGCGUAUCAAGGAGAGAGACCGAGCUCUGGAGCGAGCAGUAGACGAGAAGUUCCGCAGCGUGGAGGAGAAGGAGGAGGAGACCCGUCGGCUCCGGCUGCUGCUCAGAGAGAAGGAGAGAGACCUGGAGAGACAGCGCUGCGUGCUGUCCAACAACGAGGAGACCAUCACUAGCCUGGAGCUGCUGCUGCGGGGGAAAGCUCUGGAGCUGGAGCAGGUGUGUGACGCCUGGAGGAACAUGCAGCGGCAGCAUCAGCAGAGCGCAGGGAGACAGAGCGGCAUCUUGGGAGAGAGAGACGCCAUCAUCGGUCAGCUGCAGGGGGCGCUGCACGCUCGCUCGCAGGAGGCCCAGGACAUGCGCUGCUCUCUGCUGGCUCAGAUCCAAUCAGCUCCCAGCGAUGUUCUGGAGGAGCUGAAGAUCCGCCUCCAGCUCAAAGACCGCCUGUUCCAGGAAGUUCUAGCCGACCGCACCCAGCAGGCGAAAGAGCACCAUGAGCAGGUCCAGGAUCUGCUCCGGACCAUCAGCUCCAGGGACCAGUACAUUCAGGUCUCUGGGAGCCGGCUGGGGGAGGUGCUGGGCGAGCAGGCGGGGCGGCUGAUGGAGCUCCGCAGGCAGCUGAGCUCGGGGGUAGGGUGGGGGUCGGACUCGGACUCGGCUGUGGAGCUGCAGGCGGUGCAGGAGGAGCUGCGUCUGGCUCUCAGGAGGGAGAGGGAGAGAGAGAGGGAGAGCCAGGAGCUGAGCAGGAGUCAUGCCAGCAGGGAGGAGGCCCUCAGCAGGAGGCUGCAGGGGAAGGAAGAGAUCAUCAGGGACUUCCAGAGGCAGAUGGUGGAGCCCUCCGCCCUCCCUUUGGUUGAGCAGUUGACCCUGGAGGUCCAGGAGCUGAGAGAGAGCCUGGUCCAGAGGGACGGUCCCCCAGCCAGGGGGCCCGUCCCGGGCCGCAGGCAGCCUGAGUUUGGAGAACUGAGCUCAGAGGAGGAAGACGAGGCUGAAGAUUAUCUGAACAGCGAGUACACUGAAGAGGAAGAGGAGUCCAAACUAGGGGUCCAGUUUGCAGCCAACACCAAGGGACCUGGAGGCACAGGAAGACCUCCGUCCCAGGACGUGCAGUUUGAAGGCCAGGGCCUGAUGGAGGUCAAGCAGCUGGUGGAGCAGAAGAGGGCGGUGGAGAGAGAGCUGGGGGAGCUGAAGGCUCAGCUGGAGAAGGCCGGCUUCUCCUCACUUUCACAGAUGAGGAGAGCUCUAUUUAGCCUGAAAGCAGAGAACGGAGAUUUGAAGCAUCAGCUGACUGAAGGCCUGCAGGCCGACAGUAAGCAGGGUGUGGACGGCGAAGAAGAGGAGGUGGAGGAGUUGGAUGUGACCAUAGAAGGGGUGGAGGAGGAUGAAGAAGAGGAGGAAAACUCUGGAAUGUGGGACACCUGGGAUGGCGAUCUGACUCUCUUGCAGACCAACAUGCAGAGUGGAGUGGAGCAGAGAGCCAAAAGACCUCAGACCCUGCAGCUGCUCAGCAACACCUCGCAGGAUGCUCCUGGACAGGGCGCCACAUCCUCUGUCUUGUGUGGAAAGUCAGUCCGUCUGCAGCAGAAGAGCAAAGAGCUUCGAGAGAGACUGAUGGUGUCUGAAGCCACCGUGCAGGCUCAAGCCGAGCAGCUCAAAGACUACAGGGAGCUGCUCACGGAGACAGCCGUGGAGCAGGACAGUAAGCAGGUACAGGUGGAUCUGCAGGACAUGGGCUAUGAGACCUCCGGCCGCAGUGAGAAUGAGGCGGAGAGGGAGGACACCAGCAGCCCAGAGUUUGAUGACCUGGAGAUGUGCACGUCUCUGGACUGUGGUUCCCAGUGGUGGCCUGCCAACAGCGGCAGCAAGGGCUCCACCUUAACCAAGACCCCCCCUCAGAGCUCCAGAGAUGGGGACGAGAUGUCCUCUCUGCAGCGCCUGGUGGAGGACCUCCGCUCCCAGCUGUCCCGCUCUCAGGGGGUGAUCCGCGGGCUGCAGAGCCGGCUGCGCUCCCUCUCCACCUCCAGCGACUACGGACCCUCCACCCCCCGCAAGGUCAACUGGUCCUUCCAGGCCUCGCCCACCCAGAGCGGGGCGGAAGAUGACGAGGGUUGGCAGUCCUCAGACGGAGGUGCUCUGGCCUCUCCCCGUCACCCCCAAGCAGACAAGGGCUUGCUGGAACUGGUGUCCCGCGUGGACGCUCUGGAGGACCAGCUGAGGAAAGGAGGCAAGGAGCCAGGCAGCGAGGAUGUGAAGUCUGCCACAUGGCCGGGUAAAUUCGACACCCUGAUCCAGGCCCAGGCCAGAGAGCUGUCUCACCUCCGCCAGCGUCUGCGGGAGGGUCGGGGGGUGUGCAACAUCCUCACCCAGCACCUGGGGGACACCACCAAGGCCUUCGAGGAGCUGCUGAGGGCCAACGACAUCGACUACUACAUGGGCCAGAGCUUCAGGGAGCAGCUGGCUCAGAGCGGGGCUCUGGCCCAGCGGGUCAGCGCCAAGAUCAGCGGACGAGAUCGUCAUGAAGAUCCAGAUGAGAAAACAGAGCUGCUCGCUAUCCGGUCAGUGCUCAGAUAA